UACCGGUGAAUGUUAACUCUGAUGUGCUUCCAGUUAAUGAAAGUGCAGUCCACCGUGGUAUUUACCAGUGUAUGCUGCAACUUGGAUCAGGGAUAUUGAGCUCUUCUCCACUGAAACUAGAGCUUAGAAAAGGUACACAGAGUUUUUGCAGUGGGGAAGAUUGUCAACCUGUAGCCCAAAGUUUUCUGAUGUCAGACAUAAGAAAUUGGGACUACUCCCCGGCCACAUGCAGUCCUGAGGAAUCAUUUCAAGACUCAGUUUCUCUUCAUACAAGAAGCUCGUGUGAAACUCAUAGCCUAUACGUUAUGGUCUAUAAC